CGUUGUGAUAAUAUAUACCGCACUAGUUAUAUUUAACACGAAACCCGUCUUAGAUUCAUCUCAGAACCUACACUCACCGAAAGAGAAACGUCGAAAAGGGAAUUAAUGAGUAAAAACUGCCUGCUUUAAGGGGGACAAGGCGGGACAGGGGCUGUGACUACAUAUCCCAGGAUGCACCGGAGCAGGGCGAGCCUUCAAAAACUCCCCCUUUCGGGCAGCGCGGCUCUCCGGCUCGGGUAGGUGUGAGAGAGGACCGCGGCGCUGAGCCUGCUCCUGGACCGCGGAUUAAUCACCCCGGGCUGGGGCAACUCCGGCCUGCAGCCGCUGUGACAGGACAAUCCGCCCCGCGGUGUGAGACUGCACCCCCGGAAGUGUGUGUGUGUGUGUGUGUGUGUGGUGUUGAUCCGCUCGCGGACACUCUGAGCUGGGGCAGUUCCCCACGGGGCAGGGGUAUUACCGCGGGGUAGACUGCUCGGGCCCGGAGACGGAGGGCUGCAGAGUGUUUCCUGAGGGAUGGGGCUCCGCUGCCCGGGUUAGCAUGCUGGCUAAAGGAGCGCUAAAGGAGCGCUAAAGUCCCUGACGAGUUAGCAUCCGGCUAAUGACAGAGAGCGCGAGACGCCGAUUAGCAGACUUCUGAGGAUUUGUUUUUGGGAUUAUUUAUAUCGGGUUUGGAUUUUUUUUGUCAUCGGUUUGUUGUGUGUGUGUGCGUGUGUGUAACUCUCUCUCUCUCUCUCUCACACACACACACACACACACACUCUGAUCUGAUUAUUAUUUAGACUUUCUUUGGCUGCUUCUUGUUGUUGUUGUUGUUGUUGUGAAGGAGGAGGUACAGAAAGGGGCGAAUACUUUCUCUCCCUGACUUUAUAAACAGGAGUCACUCGCGCGCGCACACACACACACACACACACACUCUCUCUCUGACACUACUGUCUCUAAGUUAAGCCUUAAUCAGCUCUCAGGAUGAAACAAAAGCAUUAAAGUUUAUUCAGUCAUAAAGUUAAAAACGAAACGGAAACGUCGCGCGGAUCUCAUCAUCUUCAUCAUCGUCAUCUUCAUCAUCAUCCUGACCUGUAGGAGGCGCUGCACCUGUAAGCAGUAGGAGACCUGGCUGCACUUUAGACUGGUCACUUCACACACACACACACACACACACACAGCCUCGGAGGAAGAGGAGAAACUCUUCAUCACUACCCUCAUCAUCUGUGUGUGUGUGUGUGUGUGUGUGUGUGUGAUGAUGAUGGAGGGAGUGCAGAAGAUGAGUCCGUUACCCCGAGAGCUCACUCGCGUCUUCAGCAGCUACAACAAGAGCUCAGUGCUGCUGAAGAAGAACCUGAAGGAGACGAGCAGCUUCUUCAGAGAGAUGAGACAGAACUACAGCAACGUGUGUGCGGCCGGAGACCUCGAUCAAGGUCAGCUCGGCUGCGUCUCCAUCCCGCGUCCAGACGAGGAGUUUCUCCACGGCGUGGUGAGUAGCGCCCCCUACAUCCUGGUCCUCGGACAAGACUGCCCCGCCCGCUACCAGCUUCUUAACUGCCUCUUGGGAGAGAAGCUCCUCCCCCUCGGCCCAGAACUGGGUGGGACCUGUGGACCGGGGGGCGGGGCUUGUAAAAGGCGGAAAUUGCGAUUUGCCCACGGACGACAGACGAGACUCAGCCUGGCUCUCCCGGGGCAGUACGAGCUCGUCCACCAGCUAGCGGCUAACUGUAGCCGCUGGGACACCGUCCCCCUGCAGGACCUGGAGAUCCAGGACGAGUGUGAGGACCCGGCGCACAGACUCGCCGAGCUGGAGAUCACACUGCACCACUCGCUCCUGCAGGAGACGAGGAUGGUGGUGGUGCCGUGCGCCGGGGUGCAGCCCAUUACCGAGGCUCUGGAGGACUGCAUGCAAAACACUAUUCCCAUAAUCCUCUACGCUGUGAGUCAGGACUCCAUUAGCGCGGACCAGAAGGCCGACCUCCUGAAGCUUCGCGACCUGCUUCCGUUUCCCAUCUGCUUCGUCCGGGUCCCCAGUGCUCCCAGUGCUCCUGCCUCUCGGGGGGAAUUGGGCGCUCUCCAGAAGCAGCUCCUCUCCCUGGGCCUUCUCCCGGACGGACAGGGAAACUGUUCCUGCGGCGCUCCGUCCCAAACGCUACACGGCUCCUCCGGCAAACCUCCCAGCGUCCUCGGGGAGAGUUUGGACCGCCUCCAUCGACUCCUCGUGCACUUCAUCCGGCAGGUGUUCACCAGUCAGCUGGUGGAGGCGGCAAACCGACUGAAUGCACUCCACUGCAGCUACCUCGACCUCUUCAUUAACCAGGCGUUUGACAUGCAGAGGGAUCUGCAGAUCACGCCCCGGAGACUGGAGUACACCCGCGAGAAGGAGGCGGAGCUCUUCACCUCCCUCAUGGCCAUCGCCAACCGCAAGCAGGAGGAGAUGAAGGACAUGAUAGUAGAGACGCUGACCACCAUGAAGGAGCAGCUGCUAGAAGACGCCGCCAACCUCGAAUUUACAGACAUCAUCGUGAGCUCUAACGGAGACGCGGUGAGCAGUAAGGACAUUAAGUCGUGCAUCCAGCAGAUCCAGGAGCUGAUCGUCCUGCGUCUCAAUCAGGCCGUCGCUAAUAAGCUCACCAGCUCGGUGGAUUACUUACGCGAGAGUUUUGUUGGAACGCUGGAGCGCUGCCUGACCAGCCUGGAGAAAUCCAACAUGGACGCCCACAACAUCACCUCCAACCACCUCAAACAGAUCCUGAAUGCUGCCUAUCACGUGGAGGUGACCUUUCACUCCGGAUCGUCUGUUACACGUCUCUUCUGGGAACAGAUCAAACGGAUAAUCCAGAGGUUGUCGUGGGUGAACCCUCCCUCCAUCACGCCUGAGUGGAAGAGGAAAGUGGCUCAGGACGCCAUCGAGAGUCUCAGCGCCGCCAAACUGGCCAAAAGCAUCUGCUCACAGUUCCGCACUCGACUCAACAGCUCUCACGAGGCCUUCGCUGCCUCGCUCAGACAGUUGGAGGAGGGUCAUACGGACCGUCUGGGCCGGACAGAAGAUCUCUGGGUGCGUGUGAGGAAAGAACACGCCCCCCGCCUCGCCCGUCUCUCACUGGAGAGUCGCUCACUUAUAGAUACACUACUGUACGGGAAGCCGAAGUUGGGGCGGGAGCUGGGCAGGGGGCAGUACGGGGUGGUGUAUCUGUGUGACAGUUGGGGGGGGCAUAACCCCUGUGCCCUAAAAUCGGUGGUACCUCCUGACGACAAACACUGGAACGACCUCGCACUCGAGUUCCACUACACACGGUCUUUAUGUAAACAUGAGCGGAUGGUGGAUCUUCACGGCUCUGUGAUUGAUCACACUUACAGCGGAGGCUCGAGCAUCGCAGUGCUGCUCAUCAUGGAGAGACUGCACCGAGACCUGUACGCAGGCCUGAAGGCUGGUCUCUCCCUGAAGGAGCGUCUGCAGAUCGCACUGGAUGUGGUGGAGGGGAUUCGCUUCCUGCACAGUCAGGGGCUCGUACACCGGGACAUCAAACUGAAAAAUGUGCUGUUGGACAAACAGAAUCGUGCCAAAAUCACAGACCUUGGGUUCUGCAAACCUGAAGCCAUGAUGUCGGGCAGCAUCGUAGGAACACCGAUACACAUGGCACCUGAACUUUUCACAGGAAAGUAUGAUCACUCGGUGGACGUGUACGCGUUUGGGAUCUUGUUCUGGUAUCUGUGCAGCGGCUCUGUUAAACUGCCUGAAGCCUUCGAGAAAUGUUCCAGUAAAGACCAACUGUGGACCAACGUCAAGAAAGGUUCCCGCCCCGAGCGCUUGCCCGGUUUCGAUGAGGAGUGCUGGCAGCUGAUGGAGGCGUGCUGGAACGGAGACGCAUCUCAGAGGCCGCUGCUGGGAAUCGUACAGCCGAGUCUGCAAAGCAUCAUGGGACGUUUGUGCGACGGUGCUGACCAGAGAAGCGCCAGCCUCGAAGACUCCACCUAACGCACACACACGAACUCUGUAAAACACUCCGACAUGAAUAUACACAUAGUUCAUAACCCUCAAAUAGACACACACACACACACACACACACACACACACACAGACACACACACACAUACAGACACAUUCCCCUGAGAAUACGAUCAACUGACAAAUACUAAAAAAAGAGAGAAAGUAUAAUAGAUUGUUUUUGUAUUUCCAGAGUAUUCCGGUAAUUUGAGAGUGCUUGAACACACACACACACACACACACACACACACACACACACCUAUCUAUAAGGAAGCCAACACACUAUUUAUGAUCAGAAGAUCUGAGCAAUACUUUAAAAAUUUUCUUUGUGUUUAAUGUGUAUUUAUAUAUGAAAACAUAUCACACACACACACACACACACCUGUCCUUAUCAUGCAUGCUAAUUGCUGCUUUGUCAUAGGAUUGUUACUAAGACCUGAGAUUUUUAAGAGUAGUGUGAAUAUCUUGCCAUAUUAUACGAGGAGGAAAAAAUACUUUUAGCUGGUGUUUAAACUGCUUACCUGAACACCACUUUUUUUAAUAAAAGGUUUUGUUGAGCUAU